AGCCUCUAGGCUUCUUUACCCUGGGAAAACCUAACCUAAGCCUUUGGUGGGUAAUUUGGGGGAAAACGAAAACGAUCACGAUCACACGCUACUACUACUACUACUACUAUUCGCUGGAUUUAGGGUCUGAACUUUCAUUUGUUUCCAAAAUUCCACCGAGAAAUCAGUCACAAAAGUACGAAUUGUUCCUUGAUUUCACCUAUUUCAACACGAUUUCUCUUCUGAUCAUCGUUUUUCAACAUAUUUUCGAUCAUGAUGAUUUUUUUAGCAGAUACAUUACUAAUUCGGUUCCGGAAUGAACCCACAACAAGUUGCACAGUCCAGAUCAUCCGCAAAUGGAUUCGCUCGUAGAAGAGGUGAAAAAGAAACAGGCACUCGAGUGGAAAAUAAAUUCCAUUCUGGAAAAUCAAACAUCAGCAGAACGACAACGGCAGAAACUGAAAACAAAGGGGGAAUUGAAAGCCUGUCUCGUCAUCGACUAGUUUAUACAACAACAUGCCUCAUAGGGCACCAGGUGGAGGUCCAGGUCAUCGAUGGUUCUGUGUUUACUGGAAUAUUUCAUGCCACAAAUGCUGAGAAAGAUUUUGGAAUAAUCUUGAAAAUGGCUCGUGUAACAAAGGCUGGUUCAUCUCAUGGACAGAAAAACAGUUUAGAUGCUGUUCAAAAGCCCCCUUCUAAGAUGUUAAUAAUACCUGCUAAAGAACUUGUGCAGAUUGUAGCAAAGAGUGUAUUGAUGACUAGCGAUGGGUUAAUGAAUGAACUUGAGCAUGAUCAACUGCAUGACAUUAUGAUAGACUCUAAUAUUUCUCACUCCCGGCAUGUUGACUUGGAACGAGAGUUGGAACCGUGGGUCCCAGAUGAUGAUCAUCCGGAGUGCCCUGAACUAGACAAUACAUUUGACCAUCACUGGCACAGGGGUUGGGAUCAAUUUGAAGCAAAUGCAACAUUAUUUGGAGUAAAAAGUACCUUUAACGAGGAGCUCUACACAACAAAGCUUGAUAGAGGCCCUCAAAUGAGAGAGUUAGAAAAGGAAGCCUUAAGAUUAGCUAGAGAAAUCGAGGGUGAGGACACCCAAGAUCUUCAUUUAGCAGAAGAAAGAGGCAUCCACUUUCAUGACAAGUUUGAUCUCGAUGAAGAAACUAAAUAUUCAUCUGUUACUCGCGUGGUUGAUGAUAGUGGUUAUGACGAAAAUGAAGACGUUUUGGAUUCACGAAAUGAUGAAACCUUUGGAGAUGUUUCGGAUUCCAUUUUGAGUACUAGCAAUGACUUCCAUCCAUCUGAUGCUCUAGAUGGCCAAAGCAUUGUUGAAAACAAUCAGACUAAUCAACAGCGUGUUGGAAGUAAUCACACUAAAGAUGAUACAGAAAAGCACAUGUUGUAUGAGCAAAGCCAGGCUUCAAAAUCCGAGGGACUUUCAGCAACUGCUACUGCACAUGCACCAUCCCAUGUCUCAUCUAACGUUCAAGAAAAGGCAAAUUCUAGUGAAGUAUCAUCCACAUCAGAAUCUGGAAAUGCUGCCCCUGCUUCAAGUGGGCCCGGAUUAUCACCUAGUUCAUCAGUGGGCUCUUUGACUUCAGAAAAGUCAACUUUGAAUCCUCAUGCAAAGGUUAACAUUCCAUAUCUGGUUGUUGUAAAUACAAUACUGGCAAUUUCAUCGAUAUUGUAUUUACACAUUUCAUGGUUAAUAUUUUCCUGAUUUUGUUUUAGCAACCAUGGAAUCGUAAAUAAGAUUUUGUUAGUGUUUUUAUGAAAUUUAGAAGGAUAUGCA